AUGGGUUUGAACAAUCCACUUCCGAGAUCGUUGAAGCACGAGGCCAAAAAAGCAGCCAAAGUGCUCGCGUCGUUCAUCAAGCCGAACCAGGCACUGGGCCCGGACGAGAUUAUCCCACACGAUGUGCUUCUGAACGCAAAGGGUCUUGCUAUUAUAACAGUGCUUAAAGCGGGAUUCCUCUUUUCUGGCCGUGCAGGUUCGGGAGUUGUCGUUGCCAGAUUGCCGGAUGGUUCAUGGUCUGCUCCGUCAGCAAUUGUGACGGCGGGGGCCGGAGUGGGAGGCCAAAUUGGUGCAGAGGUGACGGAUUUCGUGUUUAUCUUGAACACGGACUCGGCAGUGAAGUCUUUUGCGCAGUUUGGGUCGGUUACCCUCGGAGGAAACGUCUCGGUUGCCGCCGGACCGCUCGGAAGAAACGCCGAGGUUGCUGGAAGUGCGUCUUUGCAGAGUGUGGCGGCAGUUUUUGCGUACUCAAAGACCAAGGGCCUAUUUGCAGGCGUUUCAGUUGAGGGAUCGGUGUUGGUCGAGAGAAGAGAGGCAAACAGGAAGUUUUACGGCAACAACUGCAAGGCCCGGCAGGUUUUGAGCGGCAGGGUGUCUCCGCCUCCCGCCUGUGCACCACUAAUGAGGAUUCUAAACAGUAGAGCCUUCAGUCGCGUCCCGGCAGAUGGUUCCGAGUACUAUUCUGACGAUGAUGAGUAUUACAACGAUAUUCCGUCCACUUUCAGCAGCACCGAGGACGAUGAAGACUCCUAUUCUCGCUCCAGGCGCUCGCCUAACCAUCGCAGAGGCCAUAAUGACAUCGAUGGAAGUUCUGACGAUGCUUAUGGAGGCGAUAAUUCGGCCCAUGCCUACUACCAGCGCAAUAAGUCUGCUGCCAAGUCCCCCUCUGCCUGGGAGGACAACAUUUACGACAGGUUCGAAUCCGGCAGGGGCAGCUCUCGCUCAGAUAUCGGCUCCUCGCGGUCUUAUCGCCCAAGAGCCGAAAAGCCAGACUUCAGGCCUCCUUCGCAGAGAAAACGCGAUUCUUCUGUCUCUAAAAGUAAGGCAAUAGCCCUAUACUCGUUUGCGGGCCAGCAGGAUGGCGAUCUUCCUUUCAAGAAGGGAGAUGUGAUCACAAUUGUGCAGAAAUCGGAUACCACAGAUGACUGGUGGACUGGCAAGGUUGGCGCCAAGAAGGGAAUCUUCCCUGCUAACUACGUUGAGUUGGUCUAG